GAGUGCUAUCAGAUUACUCUCUAUUUGGACCACAUCCAAGAGCUAAAAGUGUCUUCCAGAAAACCCAAAAGUCAUCUUUGUCUCUACCUCUUAAUCCAUGGCCAAUGCUUGCAACCUUGGAAAUGGCCAAAUGGGUCAGUGACAUUCCAGUGCCAGAACUAAAUCCAGAGAUCAAAUAAUCAGCAUUUGUGUCUUUCCUUGAUCAUGAGAGAAUGGAAAUCUUCCGUUUGAAGGCUUCUGGAGAAAAGGUAGCAGAGAAGAAAAAGGGACUCAAUAGGAGUUAGGAGGGAGCAGUUUCAAACGGUCAUUGGACACGUUUUGCGUUGGGAAUUCAAAUCUGAGAGAAAGGUAAGGGAAACAAAUUGGACUCACUUUUCCUUUUGCAACGGUUGCCUUAAGUUUUCAAAUACCGUUGCUUCAGCUUUUAGAGAUUACUUUAUGCUGUAAAUCUUACCUGCAGAUUCAACAGCAACUUAGUUGAGUUGUAUGGAUAAAAGGGAACCAGUGAUAGCUUUUUUCCUUUAUAAUUUGUUCUUCAUGGUUUGAAUUUUAGUUCCUGCUAGCUUGCUGAGACAUUAUAGUUUGUGAACACUGCAGAUUUUGAUCAAACAAACUGAGAUCCAAAGACCAAUUAGAUGGCCUGUUUCUCAGUUCCUGAUGAGAGUUAUGCUUUGCGUUAUCAUCCGUCUCCCUCCACGGAUCAAACAACAGAGACACCUGUGUACUCUACAACGAGUGGUGAUUCAUUCAAGUACUGCCGGACCAACUCUGAAACCUCAACCUUCUCAAUCCACACUGAUGACAAUUCCUUUUCUGAAGAAAGCUCGUCUUCAGGCUGGCCAAGUUCAAGUUCAAAAUCUCUGACCCAUAAUCAGACUAACCUCGGCAGAUCAUCAAUGAAGAACCACUCCAAAGUCGUAGACAAGAAAUACAAUGAUCAAGAAGUUACAGACGCAGAUAUGGAAAUGAUGAAGGAAAGGUUUUCAAAGCUUUUGCUGGGGGAAGACAUGUCCGGAGGUGGGAAGGGUGUCUGCACAGCAGUUGCAAUCUCAAAUGCUAUAACAAACCUCUAUGCUACUGUUUUUGGUCAGAACUUGAGAUUAGAACCUCUGCCCUCUGAUAAGAAGUCUAUGUGGAAGAGAGAGAUGGCAUGUCUUUCAUCCAUAUGUGAUUACAUAGUUGAAUUGGUACCUGCCUGCACCAACCAUCCAGAUGAGGAUGCUGUCGAGAUGUCAAGCACACCCAGAUCAGAUAUUUGUAUGAACCUCCCUGCACUGCAAAAGCUGGACACAAUGCUCUUGGAAAUAUUGGAUAGUUUCCAGAACCAGGAAUUCUGGUAUGCAGAGCAGGGAAAGCUUGGUGCAAAUGAAAUUCAUUCUGCGUCAUUUCGGCGAAUUAUUCAUCGACAAGAGGAUAAAUGGUGGUUGCCGGUACCAUGUGUCCCUCCAGGAGGCCUCUCUGAUAAGUCCAGAAAGCAAUUGCAACACAAACGUAACAGCACAUUUCAGAUUCACAAGGCGGCCAAGGCUAUCAACAAUACCAUUCUUGUUGACAUGCAAGUUCCAGACACAUACUUGGCAACGCUUCCAAAGAGUGGAAAGGCCAGCGUUGGAGAUGCAAUUUACCGAUAUAUGAACGCUACAGAUAGAUUUUCCCCCGACUAUCUUCUUGAUUGCCUAAAAAUAGCUUCAGAACAUGAAGCUCUAGAGGUUGCAGACCGGGUGGAAGCUUCAAUGUACACAUGGAGGCUCAAAACAUGCAUAAAACACUCAAAACCCUCCUUGGAUAUGUUCAAAGAUAUAAGGGAUGAUGGAGAUAAGAAUUACACACUAGCCAUUAGAGCAGAAAGCAUGUUGCUAUGCUUAAAGCAGAGGUUCCCAGAACUAUCCCAGACAACCUUGGACACAAGUAAAAUCCAAUACAAUAGGGACAUAGGGCAAGCAAUCUUAGAGAGCUACUCAAGAGUGUUGGAAGGUUUAGCAUUCAAUAUUGUCACUUGGACAGAGGGCGUGCUAUCUGCAGACAGGUUAAUGAAACACCAAGUUCAGAGGAAACCAUGAAAGAGUUUGAUUCUAAAGUUGACAUCUGAAUCCAGUUCUCUUCUCCAACCUCAAUUUUGUAUAUUAAGAGAUUUCUCUAGUUAUAGGCAUCACAUGAACUAGGGAACAUUUGAAUGUGUAACAAUCUGCAAAAUUAGUUGUAAUUGUAACUUGAUAGA